AACCAUUCGUUGUCUCUCUGCUAUUCAAGCUACCAAAUGCUCCGGAAAUGGAAAUCUUUUCUCUCGAUGGAGUUGGCAUACCAACAGAAAGAGCUUAUGUUUACAAGUUAUCUCCUGCUGCAGAGUGCUAUAUUCCAUUCCAUAUUGAUACUUCAGCUGAUGAUGACAAUAGCUGCCUGAGAGAUGGAGUCUAUGCUGUGGAUGGGGAUGAGACUGUUCCUGUUCUUAGCUCAGGCUUCAUGUGUGCUAAAGGUUGGCGUGGCAAAACCAGAUUCAAUCCUUCUGGAAUUUGGACAUACAUUAGAGAGUACUCAGUACAGUCAUUCCCCUCCAGCCAAUCUGCUGGAGGGAUGUGGCACCCAAAGCAGUCCUCAUGUUGAUAUGAUGGGAAACUUUGCAUUAAUUGAGGAUAUUAUAAGGGUAGCAGCUGGAGCUUCAGGAGAAGAUUCGGGAGGUGAUCAAGUUUAUUCUGAUAUCUUCAAAUGGUCUGACAAGAUUGACUUGCAAUUGUAGUUUAAAGUGGAUAUAGCUCCAAAUGGACAGGCAAAGUGAUCCUCUGGGAGUCCCUCAUGCCCGCUUCAUUGGCUGGGAGAAGGCUGCACUGCAGAAUCUAUUCUGUGCGCUUGUACCAUUAAAACUGUAACGUUAUU